AUGGCCAAAGACACAUCGAAAGUCGGCGUCAAGUCGAAACACGCCAAAGAGGAUGCCGAUGUCGAGAUGCAACAAGCUACCUCUCCGGAAAAGACGCACAAGUCCGAGUCCAAAGACAAGAAGAAGCGCAAGAAGUCAUCUAGCGAGACCGACGGCGACGUGACGAGCAAGAAGAAGCGGCGGCACAACACAGACGACAAGCAAGAUAAAGAGGACGACAAGCCGAAGAAAAAGAAGAAGCGAGUCUCCUUCGGACCAGGCACGAAGACCAAGGACGCAGACAGCGAUAGCGACAGUCCCGCAGACGACGAACACGAUGACGACGACAAUGACAACGAUACCUCCGAGACCGUGAAGGACGCCGAAGUCGAAGCCAAGGAAGCCGAGGAGAAGCUGAUUGAGGAGAUGAAGAAGCGCAAGCGCGAGAACAAAAAGGCCCGCAAGGCCGGUGCUACGUCUACAGCUUCGUCUACCUCUACCGAAAAGAUUCACGAGACUCCCAUCCUCGGCUAUCUGAGCUGGUACUACCGUGAUCGCGCGUCAUGGAAGUUCCAAAAGAAUCGCGAAACGAACCUUUUCAAACACCUUUACUCGAUCGAGCAUGUUCCUGUGCAAUACAAUGUUCCUCUUUUGACCUACCUGCAAGGUCUGAAGGGCGACGCCGCUAAGACACGACUGAGCGAGGGUGCGGUGGCUGUUCUCAAGGGUGACAACGCCGAAUCCCCCGCCGAGUACCAAGAAGCCGUGAAUUCGUUCCGGUCAUUGUUGUCCGGCAGUGGAGAAGAGUUGAACGCCGCGGACUCGGUGGACGGGCUGGACGUGGAAACGACGAAGCGUCUCCGGAAGAGACAACGGGCAGAGCUGGUCUUCUUCUCUGUCACCGGCGAGCUAUUCGAUCGGGAGGAGGUUGUGCGCAAGCAAAAGGAAGCUGCGAAGGCGGAAGCGCAGAAGCUGAAGAAGAGGAAGAAUCGUACUGUCAUUGUGGAUAUCUCCAGCAGCGAGAGCGAUAGUGACGAGGACAAGCCUGCUAAGGCGAAGAAGCCCGCUGCCAAGGUGGAAAGCAGCGACGAUUAUACCAGCAGCAGUGGCACCGACAGUGAUGAUAGCACCAGCAGCAGCGGUAGCGAUUCAUCAAGCAGCGACAGCGAGAAAGAAGCACCCCCCGCGAAGAAACCUGCACCGACCAAGUCCGCCCUAAAGAAGAAGACUUUCCCCAAACCUGUUGCUCCCGUGAUGGAAGAACCUGCUCCGCCAGCGCCGAGCAAGAACAAGAAGAAGCAAAAGCGCAAGUUGCGUACUACGCAUAUUGAGAUCUCGAGUAGCAGCGAGAGCGAUAGUGAUUGA